AAUCAAAAGAGAAAAAUGACAUGGGUUGAAGACCAGCAAUCAAAUUCUUAAUAUACUUAAAGUUAAGAGGGAGAUUAGUCGGUGAAAAGCGUAAAGAAAACCCAAGUCGAAGAUAUUGUUUUUGAACUAAAAUUAAGUUUAAGAAAAAACAAUAUUUCCUUGUCAGAAGCAAAAUUAGUAUGAUCUCAUUUAAAAUUUAGAUUUUAUUUAAAGGUAAUGAAAUAAUAAUUUAAGAAUUGGAUUAAUUAUUAGGAAAAGAGCCAUUUAAAGUCUUAAAUAGCAAUAUGUUAGCCAGAUAUAUGAUAGAGGAUAUUUAAGAUAAGUAUCGUCUCAUUUCCAUUAUUAGAGAGUUUGAGUAUAAUCCAGAGUAAAAAUCUCCAGUACCCCAUGUUCGAAGUGUUUUUAGAACAUUGCUGUAACAUUACUAAUUAAACUUUGAUGAUUACAUUCUAUAAACAGUCGCUAAGGCUUGCUUAUAAGUAUUUGAAUUCUGUUCAAGAAAAAAUAUUCAUAAGCUAAAUUAAUAAGAACUUUUGGAAAGAGUCUCGUAAUUAGAUUUAUAAUGGAACUCAAAAUGCUUUGAUUGUUUUCAACAAUUAUAUUAUAAUAAAUAUAAAGGUUUCCUAUAAUUUGAUGUUCAGAAUGUAAAAAAAUUGUUUGAAUAAUUUUAAAUAUAAUGA